UGUGUGUUAUACGUUGUGGUCAUUUUUUGUUCUGAAAACGAAAUGUACAAAUUUAUAAUCAUUUUUUCUUUAAUCUUAUUCAGUGCAAUAAGAAGAUGUUCGUGUGAAAAUGUUCAAAUAAUUAAUGGUAACAAAACAACACGUGAAAAUUAUCCAUGGAUUGUCUCAAUAAAUACCGCGAGUAAGAUUCAUUGGAUUAUUUGGUACACGUGUUCAGGAACGCUAAUUUCUAAAAAGUGGGUGAUUACGAGCGCACAUUGUUAUGAAAACCGUUGGUAUCCAGUUUAUCAAUUUAUUAGAGCCGGAUCCGACCUUCCCGAGUCGGAUGGUGUGUGGUCUUUUAUAGACACAUGGACUAUACAUCCUGAUUAUGACUCAGAAACUGCUAAAAACGAUGUUGCUUUGAUUCUUUUAAGCUCGGAACUUGAAGAGUCGAACAAAAUAUGUUCAAUUGAAAUGAUAAAUCAGGGAUACGUAAUAGAAGAUGGUCUAGAAGUAAGAACAGCAGCAUUUGGUAAAACCUGUGACGAAUGCAAAAUAAGCCAACAACUAUUCGAACUUGUUCAAACAACAUGCACACCAGUUGAAAGAGAAAAAAGUGAAUUUGAUGAUGGAACAGGAGGGACUGUAAUGUGUUCUAUUGAUAAACAAGAGAAAUCUACGAUUUGUAAUGGUGAUUCCGGCGCUGGAUUCACCUUUACCCAUUUUCACAAAAACAUCCUUUUGGGAGUAAUAAGCCACACAACUCCCAAAAAUUGUAAUCCUGCUUUUCCGGUGUUCUCAGCAUCCAUAUCAAUACAUAGGGAAUGGAUAAAAAAUAAAACGGGCAUUUAAAAUCUAGCUACAACAAAACAAAAUUAAAACAACAAUCUAGCUUGAAAAUUACAAGUGCUUACCGAUGUAUGUUCUUACCAGUGUUUUAAUUUAAUUUAUUCAAUAAAUUUUUGGUGUUUUGAUGUUGAA